UUCUUUUGAUGUUUACAGUAGAUAUCCGGGUCUCGCAGUUAUUUUAAUAUUUAGGCCUCGAUCACAUUUGCUUGAAUUUGCAACAUUUUGGUCCGAUUUGAAAGACUGCCGAGAACAUCAGAUUACUUUCUUGAUAUGGCAUCCGGUUGUUGUGGUGGAAAGAAAACCAAAGUCAACACCGACCGUCAAAGUUCUUCCGCAAAUCGCGAAGAAAGUUCUGCAAUGAAACUGAGUAGACCCAUGGUGAAUGGAAAUGGGAUUGCCAACGGAUAUCAGGAUAAUACAGUGAUCAGACCAGAAAUGUGCUACUUCUGUUUUGAUGUUCUUUCAGCUCACUUGCACAACAACGAACCUCCUAAACCAUCCUUUACUAACCAAGCCUAUCCACUUUUUGUGACAUGGAAGAUUGGAAAAGAUCUUCGCUUGCGUGGUUGUAUUGGAACCUUUAGUGCCUUGUCAUUACACUCUGGGUUGAGGGAAUAUGCAAUUACCAGCUCCAUGAAAGACAACAGGUUUAGUCCAGUAAAACUGGAUGAAUUGCCACGACUUUCUUGCUCUGUUUCGUUGCUUACUAAUUUUGAAGAAUGUGCAGAUUGUUAUGAUUGGAAGGUUGGUAUACAUGGUAUUCGAAUUGAAUUUCAAAAUGAGCGUGGCCACCACAAAACUGCUACGUAUUUGCCAGAAGUGAGCAAAGAACAAGGUUGGAAUGAACAGCAAACUGUGGAGAAUUUGUUGAGAAAGGGUGGCUACCGAUCAGAAAUUACUCCUCAGUUUCUUGCAACAAUAAGAACUAAGAGGUAUCAGUCUGAAAAACUUACUGUAUCAUACCAGGAUUAUGUUGGCGCAUGUGGAUAUAAGAGCAAAGCUCACAUGAAUGGAGUCAACCACAGAGGUCAACAUCAACCUUACCCCCCUCCUAGUCAAAUGCAUCAGCACAGAAGGAACAGCCGUGAAAAAGGUUCCUCCUCCAGCUCACUUCACCCCAACCAUAGUUCCCAUAACUCAGUUGUCCAUCAACAGCCAAAUGGAUAUGGGAAUCACUCAAACAGCCAAAUGUGAUGGCCUUGUGGGAAGCCAAAAUAUUUUAAAACAUUUUUAAGUGGUAUUGUAGGAACAGAUGUAUUGGACCAAACAACAGUGUCUAAUAAAAUUGUAGGGCAUUUUUGUUUUUAGGUACUUCGUAAUUGUUACUUAGGUAAAACUAACUAAUUAAAUGUGGCAAGUGUAGAUUCCAUUUUGGAAUUCACAGGUUUUAUUCUUUUACUUAUCUUGUCGUUUCUUUUAAACGUCUUCUAGCAAAUACUUUUGUUGUGUGUCCUCGAAUUUUGGGAAUGUUAUAAAAAGUACGAGUGUACUACUAUAGCAAUGAAUGCUGCCCUGUUUAAAUACUUUGUAUGGUGCAUGAUUUGUGUGUAUGACCACUUUUUUCCAUAUUCUAUUAUUUUAAGACUUUUUGCGUAUGAAAUUAUAGUGAUAUUGCAUAUAUAGCACAUUCAAUACUAUUACCAUUGGUAACCGAGUUGUACUGUCAAUGAGGAUUCAUAUUCACCAUUAGAAGUAAAAAAUGGCUGUUGAAUAAAAAAUCAUUUGAGCCAA